AUGUUAGCUGCGGAUGAGCAUGAAUUUGAACGUCCGAAUACCAAAAUACGUCUCAAUUGCGAUUAUUGCAGUAAGAUUUUUCUAACUAAAAGUAAUUUGGACAAUCACAUGGAUGCAGUUCAUUUGAAACUAAGGAAAUUUGUUUGCGAUAAUUGUGAACAGUCUUUUGUUACACAACAACGUUUGAAUAGACACGUUAUGAAUGUCCAUCGAAGAAUCAAAAAUUACUCGUGCGACACGUGUGGAAAAGUUUUUGGUUAUAAGAGAAGCUUGGCUGAGCACAUUGCAACAGUUCAUGAAAAAAUCAAAGAUCAUGAAUGCGGAGAGUGUGACAAGGUUUUUGGAACAAAGAAUAAUCUUAUCCGACACAUCGAUGUGGUUCAUCUAUUAAUCAAAGAACAUACAUGCAAAGAAUGUGAAAAGUCUUUUGGUCUUAAACAGGACUUGAAUCGACACAUUGACGCAGUACAUGAAAAAAUCAAAGAUCACAAAUGCGGAGAGUGUGGCAAGUCUUUUGGAAAAAAGCAGACUUUAAUGAAGCACAUUGAUACAGUUCAUUUGAAAAUAAAAGAUCAAAAAUGCGGAGAGUGUGGAAAGUUUUUUGGUUGUAAAAAUGAUCUAAUGAAGCACAUUGAUACAGUUCAUCUGGAACUCAAAGAACACAUGUGUGAGGAAUGUGGAAAGUCUUUUGGCCAAACAAGUAACUUACGUAGACACAUUACCACAGUUCAUGAAAAAAUUAAAGAUCACAAAUGCGGAGAGUGCGACAAGUCCUUUGGAAAAAAGCAUGAUUUAAUGAAGCACAUUGAUGCAGUUCAUCUAGAACUCAAAGAACAUAUGUGUGAAGUGUGCGGCAGGUCGUUUGGAUAUAGAGUGAAUCUGAUGAGGCACAUAAAUGUAGUUCAUUUGGAACUUAGAGAACAUAAGUGCGGAGAAUGUGAAAAGUCAUUUUGUUAUAAAAGAGACUUGAAUAGACAUAUGAGUUUAGUCCAUGAAAAAAUCAAAGGUCACAAAUGCGAAGAGUGUGGAAAGUCAUUCAGUUAUAAAUGUGAAUUGAAUAGACACACUGCCACAGUUCAUGAAAAAAUAAAAGAUCAAAAAUGCUUUGAGUGUGGCAUUUCUUUUGGACGAAAAAGUAGUCUUAUGGAGCAUAUAGAUAUAGUUCAUUUGAAGCUCAAGGAACACGUGUGUAAGGAAUGUGGAAAAUCUUUCGGUAGAAAAAGUAACUUACAUAAACAUAUUACCACAGUUCAUGAAAAAAUUAAAGAUCACAAAUGCGAAGAGUGUGGUAAACUUUUUGGACGAAAGGAUCAGUUACUACUGCAUAUAGAUGUAGUUCAUUUGGAACUCAAAAAACACAAGUGCGGAAAAUGUGAAAAGUCUUUUGGUAUAAAAAGUGUUUUGAAUAGACACAUUUCUUCAGUUCAUGAAAAAAUCAAAGAUUACAAAUGCUUGGAGUGUGGCAAAUUUUUUGCACAAAAAUUUCAUUUGUUUAGACACAUAGAUGUUAUUCAUUUGAAAUUAAAGAACACUAACGCAAAGAAUGUGGCAAGUCGUUUGGACUUAGAAGUGAUGUGA